AUGUCGAAGACAAUCAUCGUAACUGGUGCCUCUCGAGGCAUCGGCCUCUGCAUUACAGAAUACCUCCUCACAACCCCGCAACCACACAACGUUGUAGUCGUCGCCCGAACCCUCGCCCCGCUCCAAGCCCUGAAAGAAAAAUACCCAAAGCAGGUCGAAGUGGUCAACGGGGACCUGGCAGACUUUAGUCUCGCGCAAAAGGCCGUCGACGCUGCUGUAUCUACUUUCGGCCGUUUGGAUGGAAUGGUCUUGAACCAUGGUGUUCUUGGUCAAGUUGGUAAAAUUGAUGUCGCCAGUACGGAUGAAUGGAAAGCUGGCUUUGAUGUCAAUUUUAUUAGUUUGGUUGCUUUUGACCGGGGUCAUGGCAAUAACCAUAAACGCGAUUCCCCAGAUCAAGCUAAUCCUCCCACCAAACAGACAAAAGCAGCCCUCCCACACCUCCGCACCACCCACGGAAAAAUAAUCUUCACCUCCUCCGGCGCCGCAGUAACCGGAUACAGAGGAUGGGCCCUAUACGGCGCGACAAAGGCAGCAAUGAACCAUUUCGCAAUGAGUCUAGCGGCCGAAGAACCGGACGUGAUUUCCGUCUCCAUUCGUCCCGGAAUGGUCGAUACGAAUAUGCAGCGUGAACUCCGCGAGGAUCAUGCGACUAGUUUGGAUGCGGAGAUGCAUGCUAAGUUUACGGGGGUGCAUAAGGAUGGCAAGUUACUCAGGGUUGAACAGCCUGGCCAUGUUAUGGGUAAACUUGUGCUUGAUGCGUCGGCGGGACUGAGUGGGAAGUUUCUUUCGUGGAAUGAUCAGGAAUUGGGGGCGUUCCAGGAAUGA